AUGACCAAUCCUAAGAAAAGAGCAGAAAAAAAAGAAGCUGCUAGAAGCCGUGAAGAAGCUGCUCAGAAGGAAAAACGUGAUGCUGAAGAAGAUGCUAAGUGGUCUGUUGGAACUAAGGCAUCAAAUCUUAAGAAAGAACGAGAAAUACAGAAAAGACAAGAAGGAGCAGCAAAAAAAGCAGAAAGGAAUGCUUUAGAAGCAGAUGAGUUGCGAAAUAUCUCUUUAAAAAAUGUUUCCCGUGGAUCAUCAAAAAAGGCGGAUCAUAAAUCAACAAUUGACAAUCUCUUUGAAAAAUCUAAAACUUAUUCGGCGUCGAACAUUGAUGAUGCUUUGGAGUUGCUUUCAUUGCAAACGAAAGGAAAUGAAAAAUUGAUAUCGGAAAUUGAUAAGCAUCCUGAACGACGGUUUAAAGCAGCUUUAAGUGCAUAUGAGGAGUAUCGGCUUCCGCAGUUGAAAGAAGAACAUAAAGGCUUGCGAUUGCAGCAAUAUAAAGAAUUGAUUUAUAAAGAAUUUGCCAAGCAUCCUGAUAAUCCUAUGAAUCAAUUGACUUCUAAAUAUAAUGCAACAAAAGAAGAAUUAAAAGAGAUCGCUGAAAUGGAAAAAAAGAGACUUGAGCAGCGCUUUGAACAAAAAUAA